AUGGAGGAAUACAUCUUUCCUGACAAGGAUUCCAGUCUCCUCCCUGCCAUCAGAGAUAUCAUUGAUGGCGGUGAUGAUAUUCUGUGGUGGCUUGGAGCGAUCUCAUUCACGCAGGAGAAAGCCCCCACCAUUGGCUUUGAAAUACUGAGUUAUUUCACGGGCAAGGGCGAAGCAUUGCGGGGUAUAGAGGCCGAGCUGGCAUGA